CGUUCAAAUUACAAAGUGAAUUUAAAAUGUUCAGAUUCGUUUUGAACCCUUCUAUCCGGAAUCAACAACAAAAAGUGUGCCCUCCACACGUUCAAACACAAGUGGAGUAUAUUUAUCUGUUACUUCUCCUCUGUAAACACAUUAACCAUCUGCAAUAUUCCUGUAAAAAUACAAUCUAUUAAUUCCUUACAAAAAUGGCAUUUUCAGUUAGUAUGCUAAAACCUUCAUUAAUUGGUUCUGCUGAACCAUUUACCAAAUACAAUUCUUUACAACACAGAAAAAGAAUGGUUGUGGUAAGGGCAGAAACAAUCAACCCAGAAAUCAGGAAAACUGAAGAAAAAGUUGUUGAUUCUGUUAUUAUUACUGAACUCUCCAAGAAUAUCACCCCUUACUGCAGGUGUUGGAGAUCAGGAACCUUUCCAUUGUGUGAUGGGAGCCAUAUGAAGCACAACAAAGCUACUGGGGAUAAUGUUGGACCUUUGUUAUUGAAAAAACAGUAAUUCCAAGGAGAAUUUUGAACCCUAUGUGGGUUGCUUGUAUUUUUGUUUUGAUAUUAUUAUUUAUUAGUUAGAGUCGAAAUCAGACUUAUCAACUCAGUAUCCUGCAGAGGCUUUUUCUAUGCGACUGCUCUUCAAUAAGUUUUCAUUGUUGGA